UUAGCUCGUAACAUCCAGCGUACAGCAGUGAGGCAAGCUCACCAUAAGCAUGAGCCUGAUUUUCAUGACAAAUACGGCAACCUGAUUCUAAUUGGAGGAGCAGCCUUCUGCGUCUCGAUUUGGAGCUACGUUGUAACGCAAACCGGGAUCGAGUGGAAUCUGUCUCCUGUGGGCCGGAUCACGCCCAAACCAUGGCGAGAGGAGUAAAGAUGAUCUUCACAUGCUUCUAAAAAGAUGGGAAGAGUCACGGACUGGUUUAAAAUUUCAUUGGGAUGUUCCCACCAUACGCCUAAGGCGGCACAGUUCUCUAUAUUAUUCAUGAUGUAAUAAAAAAUAUUUAAAAUUAAA